ACUAAUAAGUAAAUUAGGUUGAACCCGCUUGGUCAGUUCGUCUUGUCGCUGCAGGGAACAUCAAACUCAACUCAGAAGUUAGCGGUGGAAAUUUAACGUAGAGUUUUUCAGAGAAAAGACCGUGAUCCAGACGGCAAACGGGGAUUUUUUUUUCUUCUUCUUCUUCUGAAACCCCAGAGACCAAAUUGUUGCAAUAUGGACCCCAACAAGUCUGCGACCGCUCCUCCAAUGGAAUGGUCUGAUCAGAAGUCCUCCAUGGGCCAGGUGGCCCCUCCGGCCUACAACCCACACAUGGGGGGCUACCCUCAGGCCGGGUACCCAGUCCCUCAUCAGGGCUUUGGGCCUCCACCACCUUAUUCGGAGGCACAAUAUGGACAACAGCCGUAUCCCAUGACUCAGCCAUACCCAAUGCAGCCGGGCACCGUCACUGUCCAGCCCACAGUAUACGUGGCUCGACGCACGCUGGCUCAGCCUGUCAACGACUACAUGGGUUACUCCAUCUUUACCAUGCUGUGCUGCUGCUUGCCACUUGGAAUUGCUGCCCUCAUCUACUCCAUCUCAGCUCGGGAAGCCAACCACGUCGGGGACCAGAUAGUAGCAGAGCGGAGCAGCCGGAUGGCCAGGACACUGAACCACGUGGCCCUGGGACUCGGUCUUGGAAUCUCCAUCCUCAUCGUUGUCUACGUAGCGGUUGUGGCAUCUGUCUUGAGAUGAAUCGGUUUCAACAUUCCUAUAUUUCUAGUCCCCAUACUCACUCUACAUCAGGUGAUCAGACCACACCAGGAACAUGACUGGCCAUCACAAAGAGUUCUUAUUGGGAAUUUGGAACCCUGGAGUCAGCUGACUGACUAAAGUACCUUUAAAAUUUUAUUUUCAAAAGUAGUUGGCCACUUAUUGUUUGGAGAUCACAGAGGCUCUUUACAUAUAAUCAGUUACUCUCCAACACUAUGGAGAGUAACCACUACAACUUUCCAAAGAUUGAUAUUUCUUAAAAAGUUUUGUGUUUGUGAUUUGCUUGCUGUAUUAUCACACAUCAAAAAUCAACAUGUUUUUUAUGUAAAAUAUUUUCCAGCUUUAAUGCUUUACAAUUAUAACCUCCUUUCAGUUUUGCUUUACCACACGUGUAGAAUUUAAGUAUUUCAUGUUCAAAUAAGUCUUAAAGAGAUUUUGCUUUGUAUAUACGAUGGAAGAAAUACUGCUGCCCUUGUAACAGAAUUGUUGGCUGUAAAUAUGCCCUAACACCUUCAAACUCUCUAUGGUAUGGUAACACAGAAUUACACAAAAAACACCAACAACAACAAAGUAAUACUUCAUAAAUACUCACAGAGGGAGAGAUUUGGCUUUGUGAAGCUCAUGCUGGACAAGUGGGAGCCUGACUGUUGUCAGAGGGUCUCUGAUCUGACAGUGUACACUAAAGAGGGAAGGCCUCUUUAGUCUUUAUUCCAGCUGAACAGGAAUGCACAGCUUCUCACAAAAUCAGCAGAAAGUUAGCAACAGUGGAGCCAAUAUGGCUGAUCUAGCCAGUUGCUCAGUCAGUGGCUCUCUAUUUUGAAAGCUUAGUGUUAUGUAUCGUUGGCCUGGCUGUUGUUCGUCAUGCAAUGUCUGUAUGUUCUUUUCUUAUCCAAAGUAAAAAAAAAAAAAAAAAAGAUGUUACUAUAUACCAAAUGUUUUUAUAAAUAAAGUUCAAGUAUAUUAAGAGAGAAACCA